CCCCACCUGCUCGCCCCAGGGCCGGGCUGGGCGGCCCAGAAGGAAGCACGUGGCCCCCUCGGGCGCGUUGCCCGGGAGACGCGGGCUGUUUACCAGCGGCCGGAGCCGGCGGACAGGCGGAUGGAGCAAGGAUGGAGCAGCGGCAGGGGUCUUGAGGAGCAAUGGCCACAGAAGACCCUGUGAACAUAGCGGCCCCUGAACGCAGCCCCGUUGGCAGCCCAGCCGCUGACGGCUUCGCCUGGCGGCCCGACUCGGCAAAGAUGCACGUCCCAAGGCCCAAGUCCGCCAAGGGCCGGCCGCGGCCGCGUCCACACAAACCACAGGGUCCGCAGGGCGCCCAGCUGUGCUCUCCGCGCGCGCCGGCCACCCUGCCCCCGGCCGUCCCCUGUGAGUCGCCAAGCAGCCAGAGACCCGGAGCCUGCGCACCCAGGUCUCCAAACCAGGGAGCGCCCGACGAGAUCCCCGAGCUGCUGCAGCAGGUGCCCAUGGGCGCUUCCUCCUCCCUCAAUAAAUACCGAGUCCUCCCUUCCAUCAACAGGAAGACCCUGGAGGAGGGCUCUGUGGACGCAGUGGCCACAAAGGCCGGCUCGCUGCAGCUGAGCAGCAUCCAGGCUCUCUACCGGGAGGAGACGGGCACCAUGAAGGCAAGCGAAGAAGACUCCAGAGUUCGAGCUUGUUCCCCAGAGAGGACAGUCAUCGUCCGAACCAGGAGACAGAUGUCAUCCAGGGCCCGAGACCUGGAGGAGCCAUCAGACGGAGAGGCGAGGCUGCUGCUGGCCAUCAGAUCCCCGUCGGGCCGAAGGUUCGUUCACCAUUUCCGGCCCACUGACGCCUUACAGACCGUGGUUGCUGUGGCCGAGCGCAACAACCAGGCCACCUACCACCACUGCAGCGUCGAGACCAUGGAGGUGCCCAGGAGACGUUUCUCUGACCUUAGCAGAUCUCUGCAGGAGUGCAAAAUCCCCCACAAGUCGGUGCUGGGCAUCUCACAGGAAGAAGAGGACAGGGAGCCCUGAGUCCACAGCCACCCAGCUGGAGUCCUGGGUCUCGGAGUAAGGAGCACGCUUGGGUGCUGUGGCCUUCCGGGCAGCUCGGUACCCAGUGCCCUGCGAACCUGGUGCGCCUGUGAUUCUUGGGACUCGUCCUCACAGCACCUCCUCUGAAGGAGUGAAAUCUGCACGUGCGCCAAGCGUAUUGAGAAGGUUCUCCUCCAAUUGUUAAAGUCCCUCCAGCACUGGGGCGAACUGGCGAGGUACCCGGGCUGUUCCUGAAACCGCCGUGACCAGGCCUCCUCCUUUCCCCAGAGCUGGGUCCUUUCGGGAGCAUCUGCUUGCUUUUACAACGAACCCUCGCUCUCUUGAAGCCAAUGGUUUGCCUUUCUGUAUUUGAUGCAGGAUUAAACACUUCCCAGAGAGGAUUCUAGUCUGGUAAAUAACCAGGGCUCAGGAAAUGUCGGACUGGCAUUUGUAUUUCUCGCAAGCAUCUUUAAGAAACAGGCAGUUGACACUAUCUUAGAAGCAGCCCCCUUUGCUGGCAUCGGGUGGCUAGAGUUUCUUGGGGAUUACUGUUUGUGUGAUGUGGCUUCAGAGGAGAGAACAGGUCUUUUGCUAAUACAAAUCCCCCAACACAUCAACAUUUCUGAAAUAGUCUGAGAGCGAGAAAGUAAAUUGCUUCUGCAAUCGUGGAUUAGCCAAGUAGCUACUCUUAGAUAGAGAAUAAGUAGGUUUGCAAAUAUCGGUAGCUACUCUCUGCAUGCAACAUUCUUCCCAAACUGAGAAAAACCAGUGGAAUCUGAUUUCCUUUGCUUUUGUCACUAAUGGAAUCUUUUUGAUUUUGAACCGCCCAAACCUACAAGUCUGUACCAGUUUGCACCGGAGGCCCCCCUUGGCCUAUCUGGGUGUGGACACAUGGUUUCAGCGUCUCACCUCCUUCAAACAGAGACUCCCUGGUGUGAGGACACCAGUGUCCCUGUUCUGUGAUUUCAGAACCUCCCGAGACCAAGGGUGCCUCUGUUGGGCAUCACUUGGCUGCGCCCCGUACUGAGAGACCGUGUGCCCAAGUGUCUGAUGGGCACGAAGUACAUCUGAAUGCCUUAGCCUGUUUGGUUUUCCAACUCUGAAGUGGUGACGUGGACAAUUUGCCAAAGUUCUCUUGUAUCGGGAGUUCAGCGAGAGUCCCACCUCUCAUCUGGAUCCUCGUUAUAGCCAAAUCGCCAUCCAGAUUAGGGAAACUGAUCCCUCAAGAUCUCAGCCAUCCCAAAGCCCCGAGUACCGAUGCGCCUCUCUCUGCUCCUGAGUACACAGGGAAGGCAGGCGUUCUAGAAGCCUAUCGGCGUGACAGCCUCAGCAGCAAGUGCAUCUUGUACCUAGAUAAGGAAUGUGGCUGGAAAUGUUACUUCCAGCAAAUUUAUACUCAGCCACCGAGAUUAAUGCCAACUUCAUCUCCUCUAAAGAAGGCUCGCCUUGUCCUACCCGCAUCCCACACCACCCAGAUCACUCGAGAGUGGGCUAUUUCAGAAUGUGUGGUAAAAUUUCCUAAUACCAUCUCGGUUGCAAAGGUCAGCUGGGGCUUGCAGGGCCUCAGGCAGGCCCACGCAACUGGCCACCUCUCCCAACCAGCGACCAUGUCAGAGGGGACGGGAGGCUCGAGCCCGGUACUCACAGUACAGGAGGUUUACCUCCCACCCAGGACUCAGGCACAUAUCUGCCUCUGAUCUAGGAGGCUGGAGGAAGAGCCUCCUGCAAAAUCACACCUACUCUGUGGUAAGAAUAAAAUCCCACCCACCUGGGACUCGGUAAUCUCUUCAGGCAGGAAAUCUGUAGAAAACUUCAGUGAAACGGAGCAUGCUCCAGGGAGCUAGAAUCUUCUGCACUUAGGGCUUUGCUGCUGCUAUUUAGCUUGGGAUUUGGGGGUGGCAAAAAAUGUGGAAGGCAUGAAACAUAGAAAUAUUUUAGGGUAUCUUAGGACACGUGACCAGAACUAGACUUGAGCCACCUUAAUAAACUUCUUUUGGACAAAAGGAUGGUGAAACAAUAAAAAUUGAUUUGCGUGAAGCUGAGUCAGUGGAGAAGCACGCCUUCUAUUUUAGCGCAGGACUCCAGCCACCGUGCUCUAGCGGACAGAGGGGCCCAUUGACCUCUUGGGAAAAGCACUUGGCUGCGCUGUUAAAUCCAAGUGCUCGUCCCCAGGCUCCCCGCUCCCACCCUUCCCACAGAUCUUGCUUUCAGGUUAUAUGAUAGCACCGAGCUCCGUAUGGCAAGAGUCUCCUGAAUUCCUCCUAAAAAUCAUUCCAAGUACUCUCCUUCAGAGGUUGGCAAGAACAGCUCCAUCAGAAUUUCAGAGGGGUGGCUCUACAGGUGGCACUGCCACAUGGCCACCCUGGCCUGAUGGGCUAACCUGGGCCCAGCACACUACUCCUGGUGGCCUUGGGUGACCACUCUGUAGUCACAGACCUCAUUCAUUGAACCAGUGGCCACUGAGGAUCUUUCCUGUGUCACUCACAGGUGACUGGCAUUGGCAAGGAAAUGUGGAACUGCUUUGGGACUCUCAACCUCAAGGCGACUGAAGUUGGUGGAGGUAGCUUUAUCCGUGAAGGACCCUGGAGUGAGGGUCAGAUACACUGUUGCUGUCUCCUCGCCGUCUUGUGGAAAUGCAAAGGCAAGUCCACCUUUCCAGUGAUGGCACCGGGAAGCAUGGUCUUUAGGGAUGUGAACUUUGCAUAGGACAAAGCUUCAAGACCAGUUUUCCCAGCAUAUCCCCUGUUACAGUCCAAGAGGUAAAUUAGUCCUGGCAGCAGAAGGAACAGCAGGAGAAAUAAGUGACUCAUCAUUUAGAAUCCAAAAAAUUUUCACCAACAGAUGGCAGGUGGUUUUAACACAACAGUCCUUGCCCUGAAAGUACCUGGGGAUCCAGCCAACAGCCGGCAAGCCAGGGCAGUCCUGAUGAAGAGAUGCAGGUGAACGUGACUGUCACUCCAGAGAACCUGCAGAAAAUACUCCACAAACAAAGAAACGUAGACAAGUCUUGAAGUUUCCAUUAUAAUUAAAAGCCUUCAAGUCCAUUGUCAGAUCUCUCUCCCCAUCAUGCAUUACAAACGUAGGCGCUCCAGGAGCUGAGCUGCUUCACUUUGGUCCAUGCUCUUACCACUAUUUCAAGUGGGUUUCUAGUGUCAAAUAAAGCCAUGCUGCCCCGAGAGGUACAAAGUUUCGCUUUACACAGUGUUUUAAUAAGUUGAGAUAAAAGGGUGUGUGGUUUCCCGUAGCAUGAGGUGUAGUUUCGAUGAGCCUUUCAUAGGGUAAGAGGAUCUACUGUCCUACCUUUUCAAUAGAAUUGCAAAGAAAACUAGAUGAUUCCACCUUAGCCUUACUUUGUAAUCAGUCUGAGAAGCCAGCAGGAAUAUCUGUCUCCCCAGUGCAAUGAGUAACACACCACCAUCAAGUGCAAAGUUUGGAGCCCGCUCACCCUCGCCUCGAGUCAGAACCAACCCAAACCCACAAAGGUCAGAGGCCACUGCGGAGGCGUUGGCAACAUCCAAGCGGAGCCGACCCUCAGUGACUCACAAACACACAAGACAAUAACUCACAUUAUAAAAAUAAAAUUGGGUGUUCUGCGUCUACACUGGCGUAAUCUUUUCUGAUUAGGGCAGUGUCUGGCAGCCCUUUCUGACACACCUCUGUGUUCCCUACCUUCAAACUGUGCAGGAAGUGGCGGUGCUCCUGAACAAUUUAUGGGGAAGGUCAAGUCUCUGGAGGUAUUUUCGGACACACUUGAAUCCUGUCCCAGGAAGUUGAGCCACUGAUAGACAACCAUCCAUGGGUGUGGUUAGGCAGGCCUCAAUCAGAAGGACUGCUGUGCUCGGCCGGGAGCACUCUGGCUGUUGUGUUGAGAGUAGACUGGAGGGGUCAGUGUGGUAGAUGGAAAACCAGCUGUGGCCCUUGACAGUGACCAGGGUAGAGAUGGUGCCAAUUUGGGCCAGAACAGCAGCCAUAGAUAUCGUGAGAGGUGUCAAAUUCUGGACACAUUGUCUAUUAAGCCUCGAGGGAGAAAAGAGGCAAGAUAGUUUUGACAAGUUGGGAUUUACCCAAGUGGACGUCACCAUAAUGGACUGUUCCUUCAAAAAUGAGCAAACAUGUCAGCAACAAACACAUGGUGGGCAGGGAGAAGCACUGACCAGAAGCAAUGUUCAUAGGAAGGAAGGAAGGAAGGAAGGAAGGAAGGAAGGAAGGAAGGAAGGGCAUGAAAGGAAGGAAGUGCCCUUUUUUUGGAAAAAGUGUACAGAGAAUUCCUAUGCCAUUCAUUGCUCUUUGAGAAGAGAUGCAACUAAAAAUGUCACUAUUUCGCUGAAAAUCAAUUACCAUCAAACUCUCGGGGCAUGCUUACGGGCCAAGGUUACUUAAUCUACCUGGUUCCAGUGAAAUGACACAUCGUUUACCUCUCCCGCUCCUGCCUGCCUCCAUUCUGUUCAUUCAAAUCCAGCAGCUGACUGGGGAUGCAUUUCUUCUUGGGAGGGCAAAUAAAACCAGUGUCCUUUGACCUAAUUAACAAAGCUUCCAAAUUUCAUGAUUUUCAUGCCCACCUGUUUUUUUGUUUUGUUUUGUUUUUGUUUUUGUUUUUGUUUUUUUUACAAUGAGGAGAUCUGUGCAGUAAGGCCUUGGUCCUUUUUGUGACCGGCUGAGAACAGCACCUUCUGGCAUCUGUCCCGCGAGGGAGAUGGAGGCCUGCUCUGGUCGGUGAGUACCACUGACAGGCACCCCAGGUCAGCUCUAGACCCUGCCCUCUGUGGAACCAGAGUGGCCAGCCACUUGCGGACAAACCAUGGGCGAAUACAGCAACUCUACUGCCCAGUUGGGAGGAUGCUGCGAAUGCAGCAACUCUACUGCCCAGUUUGUGUCCAACAAACUCAUGGGAAUGACCUGCUGCCCCGACUCCAGCCUUGCAUCUAGCUUUGGAACUAGAUGUCCCCCUAGACCAGACUUCAAAUAUACCAUGUCCCCAAAGCCUCUGGAUCUAGACUCUGUAGAGGGUUGAUUAGUCCCCCCAACCCAGCCUGGGCCUCAGCUUGCUCUUUGCCUUCUUCCUGGAGCUCCCAACAAGGCUUCAUCUUAUUCAAAUCAUCUGUAACAAUUUCAUUCAACAAGUAUAUCCUAAGAACCUAUAUGCCAGGUACCUAUUAAGUCUAUCAAUGAACAGAGCAGA